UUGAGGAAUACUUGGCUCGACAAAGUAAACGAUUCAUCUGCAAUGUCCGAUCCUCGCCUGCGCCAACUAACCAUUAAAACAGGUGUUGUGAAGCGCCUUUCUAAGGAAAAAACAGUGUACGAAAAGGAAGUCGUUACUCAGCAAAACCGCAUCGAGAAGUUGAAAGCAGCCGGCUCGGAUGACCAUGUGUUGCGAAAACAAGAAGAGGUGCUGCAGGAAUCUAUGAUGAUGGUUCCGGAUUGUCAGCGACGUUUGGCCAAAGCGUAUGCAGAUCUCUCGGAAAUGAUAAGAAAUGAAGAGGAGCUGAAAGAAACAGAACAAUACCAAGCCGCGCAGGGAGUGCUGGAGGAUGCGAAAGUAAACUUGCCGCAAAAACUAACAGCAUAG